AUGUCAGCCGCUGUGACCGAGAACCAUACUGAAAAGACCACCGUGGAGGAGGUGAAGCCCGUGGAGGUCGUGGAUGUGCCCAGAACCAUUGUGGACCCUGAAACGACGAUUUUCGUCGGUAACGUGGCACGCGAGUGCGAAGAAUCGGACUUGGCUGCAGUGUUUGCAGAAGACGUGGAAGUGGAAAUCCCUUCGGCCAAGAACGGGAAAUCGUUCAAGCAGCGCUACGCGUUCGUCAAGUUCCCUAGCAAGAUCGAUUUCGACGCCAUCAAGGCCAAGUACGACAAAACCGUCGUCAAGGACAGAGGCAUUUACAUCAGACGCGCCCAAACCGAGGAGGAGCGUGACGCCAAACGCAAGGCAAGAAUCAGCAAGCCCAGAAAACAGCGCGCUGAGCGUGCCAGUGCCAACGCCAACGCCAAUGGCGUCCAGGACGAGGGUGCCAGUGGUGAACCCGACGCUGAGACCUCCGCAGCCGACAGAAAACCGGCCAGAUCUGCGAUCCCCGCGCCUCCCAAGAGACAAGAGAGAACCAGAGCGCCUCUGGAGUCUAUGGAGAGAACCACAGACACGCUGUACGUCAACAACGUGCCCUACAUGGCGACCAAAGAGCAGAUAGCCGAGUUUUUUGGCACCAGCCCGGAACUCGUCGUUAUGCCGCUCAGAAGAAUGCGUAACGUGAAAACCAAACAGUACUUUUACUCCAAGAAGAUGAACAGAGGUAUCGCCUUCGUCACAUUCGAAAACUGCAGCGAUAUCGCACAGAAGGUGAACGACUUCCAGGGAAAGUCCUUCAACGAUCGCGAACUUGCCGUUGACGUUGCUGCUUUGAAACCCGCCCGCGAAAACGCUCCAGCGCUAAAACACGACGGCGAGUCCCAGGAACCUGUUCCUGAAUCGACCGCAGCCUAA